AUGAAUCUCCAAAUUCGGACGGGGACGAGCGACAACUACGCCUAUCUCCUCGUCGACGACAAGUCUAAAGAUGCCGUUAUUAUCGACCCCGCGCAUCCCGAAGAGGUUACGCCCGUCUUGAAGAAGGCUAUCCAGGAUGGCAAGAUCAACCUCACAGCUAUCGUCAAUACACACCACCAUUGGGACCAUGCGGGUGGAAACGACCAGCUCAGAAGUGAUCUGGGCACUCCGAACCUCCCUAUCAUUGGGGGCAAGGACUGCCAGAGCGUCACACAGACCCCUGAGAACGGCAAGGUAUUCAAGCUCGGGAACAUUGAUGUGAAGGCCCUAUACACGCCGUGCCACACGCAGGACAGUAUCUGCUGGUACGUGAAGGACGGCGACGACAAGGCCGUCUUCACCGGAGAUACCCUAUUCCACGCGGGUUGCGGAAGGUUCUUCGAAGGCAAUGCAGAGGAGAUGCAUACGGCCUUAAAUAAGACGCUGGCUUCUCUCCCGGAUGAUACCAGGGUCUAUCCGGGUCACGAGUACACCAAGUCGAACGUCAAAUUUGCCGCCUCGAUCCUACAGAACGAGGCCAUCAAGAAACUACAGGCGUUCGCGGAGAGCAACAAGGAAACGCAAGGGAAAUUUACGAUCGGCGAUGAGAAGGAUCCCGAGGUUCAGAAGGCUACGGGCAAGACGGAUCCCGUAGAGGUUAUGGAUAAGUUGCGGACUAUGAAGAAUAACUUCAAGUGA